CGGCGUGAGACAGACUCGAUUAGAGCGCCGAGCGUGCUGUGCGCCUCGGCAAAGCUGGUGACAGGAUUAACUGAGGCUGUCGUCAAUCUUGUUGUUCGUUAGGAAUAGCGUUGAUGCAACGAGUCGACUCGGAUUCUACAGAUUGGAGUAGUCUUUCAUUACAAGUAUUGGAUGAUCAAGGGCUUUUCAUGAGUCCGAUGGCUCUGUGACAGUUGCCCUAGCUAAAGACACAUCGAUUGUAUAUUCCAAGGUACCGAGCUGAUAAGGACAACAAAAGACUCAAUCAAGAUGGUGCAGCUUUUCUAUUACGAGCAUCGCGGAAAGGCUUGUAAAAAGCUACUGAACUAUGAUGGCUAUCCGAAUAAAGUAUUAUUAUAUCCGUACGAGGGUUGGGCUCAACCUGCUAUGUUGACCUACUGGGUUAUAAAGACCACUUGGUGGAGUAGGUCCACAUGUAGGAUUGUUGAGGUUUGUGGAUCAAAAAAGACAAAUGCAACAGCGAAAAUGUGUGAGAAAGGUAACGGACAUUUGUACAUAAAAGGCAAAUUCAAAGGAUCUAAGGAGCCUGAUUUCAUGCUGUAUUUAACAUCAAAUGUCUCCAACCAAGACUUUUACCAGGGUUACUGUAUGACGGGGACUUUAGAGAGAGGGGACAAGAAAAGGGGACAGAUGCAGAUGACGCAUUUCGCUAUGAUAAAGAGGAAGGGUUACUGACUAGAUGAGUGACCUCCUACAUAUGUGUUCAUUGACAGUUUCUUCAAGGUCCGUGCCAACCACUGGAGGUGGCUGACUGAGCCACCAAAUCGAGUUACAUGUGAUGUGUAACUCGAGUUACAUGUAUAUGUGUACCUCGAUCGGCUGAUUUUGUGUAGCGCUGUUUCAUCAUGAUUGCUUUAUAAGGAAAGUCCAGCUAAUUACUUGUUGUAAACGCCAGUGUUUCCAUCGCUACGAUGUUAGUAACAUUGCUGAAUGUCUUUAUGGAAUUUCAACUUGAGAUAACAUCUACGCCUGAUGUAACAUCAAAAGACGUGUCGAGCCUCCAACUGUUUUACCGCAAAUAAGCGUUUUAUUGUUUGUACUUGAUCAUAAGUGGUGCAUUCAACUUUCAUCAACUGGGAUUACACGAAGGAUACGAUUAGUUCCAUUGGCAUCCUCGUCACAUGUAACAUAGAUUGUGAGUGCGAUACAUUUCAUCACCCACGUCAUCUACUCCGACCAGCAGUCUCCAAACCACUUAGGGUCCUCCUUCAGAGUACGCCGCGUCCAACAGUUCUAAGCGAAUUCUCAUCGUGGUGUGUUUGUCAACCUGUUCAGGCGGGAUAUCGUUAUGAUAUGAGAUCUCAUUGCUACUACUAGUGUUUUCUGAGGGUAAACGAGUCCAAACAUAAAACGAAUUGGGCGUUUUCAAACAAGGGACCACGAGAGUAAUGAAAAUCGUAUUCCGGAUCAAAUUUGGAAAAAAUAUGAUGGUUUGUGAUCAACUGCUUACAUCGCUAGCUGAAGUGGCUGAGACAAAUCAACAGAUACUCCAGGAUUAGAAAGACAACAUAUUGUACUGGGGUUGUCACAACACAAUGUUGUAAACAGAUCGUGGGAAAUGAUACACGGAUGGAAUAUGGGAAUGAUCUUACGGUGAGCGUUUACCACCAGCACCUCUCGUUAAUGCAAUCAAGCAAUCAGGAUGCAAAGAUUUCGGUUCACAAAACAUCAAUAAUGCUUAUAAGAUAAAACGACAAAAUGUGAUAUGCUUCAAUGAAACAGGCUGUGCAGGUGUUAGGCUAGAAACCAUCCAUCUGAAGGCAUUAUCAGCAUUCCCGGCGGCAAUCGAGGAAUUCUGAGUUCCUACAGAAAGAAACUAGAGUAUGAUAUCAUUAUCUUGGCGAGAACGAUGAAUCAACAAGAUACAACAGAUAAAGCAGUCCUCCUUACGGAUUCAUUGUUCAUUAUCCAUUAGUAAAAUCAACCAUGCUUUGUUUAAUGAUUUUGAAUGACAGUUGUAAUUUGCCAAAAUUGCAUAACGGUAUGUUGAUAUUUUGUUACGUGUAUAUAAUCCUGACUGUAUAUUUAUGAUCAUGUAUGUGUUGUGUUAAUUGUUACGAUGUGUCGCUCAUAAAAUGGGUCUGGCUGUGGAUUGACAGUAAUAACCGGUUAGAAUGGCAAACUUAUGCUGUGGAUCAAUCGAAGGAUAAGGUUACGUAGUAUAAAACUAGUAUUCGUCGAUACACCUGAUGCUUUAUGAUACACAUUCAACUGAAAUAACUGAUUGAUAAAAAGCAGUUAUUUUUCACAUCGGGUGUGCAACCUGUAUCGAAAUGAUGCUCUAACAGUGUCAAUUCCAUUUAGUUACAAUUGUCUCUCCCUCUAAAUAUAUUUGAACACAUUCAACCACAAAAAAACAUCUCGUCUAAACAUUAUGCCAACCACCGUCGAUCUUCCUCACAAAUGGUUACGAUAGGCAAACUAUGCUCGACUCUUGUGAUUCUACUCUAGAAACUCUUCAAAGUAAAGCUCAGAUUAGAACCCACUAUCGAUUGAGAUACAGAGCAGCUAUGUUCUUGACAAGUAAAUCCGAAACCGCAGUCGGAAAUGUCUAACUAUUGAUGGGAGAUUUAAGACUUUAAACAACUGGAUUGAAAAAAGGAUAUUUAGCUGUUCCGCUGCUGUUCACCCUCUUAGCGACCAUGGAGUAUUUCCCUAGUGUAACUGAGACUGUAUUUAUAUCACUCUUGACGUGAUUAUGGGCCGUCAAAUGCGUCCUGACCGAAAUAUUAAAACGGUGAGAGCGAAAAACUGGUAUAGGCAUGCCAGAGAAGUGGUGACGAUAAACAAGAUAUGCUGUUCAAUUAUUCGCCGAUAUUUGACUCGCUGGGAGCAGGUCAGGCAAGGUAUGAAUAUCAAAUCUAUCAAACUCAGUGGUCCAGGUACUCAUAGCCAGAAGUUUAUGAUUUCAACUUUUCGGGAAAUAUGAUGUCUAAAUAGCUCUCUAGAAGGUGUAUGAAGGAAGAUCAAGCUAUCGAAUCAUUUAAGCCAACGUCCUUCUCAUUACGUUAUGAUGCUUUCAUAAAAACUUUCCUCUUGCGAAUGAGCAGCAGCGGUGAGAUUGUUGACAACCGACGAAUUAAGGGGUUAACACAUGUAUUGUAAGCAGAGUCAGUACAUAAGGCAUCGCCAGCUUCCCGCCGACACCAUAAACUAUUCAUAACCACUCCAUGGUUUGUAAUAAUCAAGAGGCAAGCUGACUAUUGACAUCUCCGAGCACUUGUGAGGAAGAAACUGGCGAGAAACCUCGACAGAAUUCCAAUAUCACACAUUCCAUAAGAAAAGACUGGGCGAUUAGUGAUCAGUAGAAAGAAGCUGUUAUCACCCCUGGGUUGGUUAUGCUCAAGGGAUUUAAAGGGAGUAUGGUUGGCAUUUUACAACGUCUGGGUAUAGCAUGAUAAGGACGUACAGUGUAACUUGUUAGUUCUCAAUGCAACAAGUGGUGUGUGGUUAGUUACUAUAUACUGAUGUUGAUUGAAUGGUUGGUAGCCGCAUUCUGCAUACUCAGCGUGAUUUAAUCAGCCAACGAAGCAAUGAAAACAAACCAUUGUUUAUCUGACUUUGAUCAAAAUGGAAAAACGUCAAAAAUUAACUGAGAUAUAAAACACUCUUGAACGUCAGCAGUUCUUACUCUACGCGCGCAUUUAGUGUCCGUAUCGGUCAAUAUGGACCUAAUUUUACAUGAUUUACUCCACUUGGUCAUUGAGUGAAGCAAUCGAAUUCGGUCCCUGUAAGAGUUGGUUUAUAAUGAGUUCUGUGAUAUGAACAGCCUUCAAUUCUCCCGCUAGAGUAGCCGCUGCAGAUAGCUCGAUAGGAUCUGACAUGCAUGAUCUCAAGCCAGGGUGCGAGAUCGAUCACAGUCGGGGGUUUGCAUUAUGGAGUGAUGAUUGUUCGUAAUCGUGGCAUGGGUUGUGCGAUCGAACGGCAUUACCAUAUCUAAAAAUUGACCACCGUCAUCUUUUUCGUAUCAGGUUUACCACGAUUCCAUCCAAGUAACUAAUCCACACACUGCAUGUCAAGAACGAAAUGAACAGUUGCUGUGGAGUUCUGUCAUUUACCAUUAAUUCGCAUUUAAAGCAUCAACAUAUUGAAACAAGCUAUCACUCUUGUUAAAAAAAGAAGUACAGUUUUUUAGAUAAGAGAAUCCGGCAAAUACCACUUUUUAUUGGUCUGCCUCCAAUGCAUUUUGAAGUGCGCCUUGGUUGAGUCAAUAGUGUACGAAAAAUAGAUUGCUCUCAGCAUCUCCAAAUAUGCGAUUCAUUGUCAACAAUUGGAUGGUGUCUUUCUACAUGUUUCUACAUUAUGUUCAAUAGUUUGUCUACGCUCUACAACGAGCAUUGCCGCUUGAAAUUUCACAUUAACAAGCUCUUCAAUUUGAAGAGUAGCAUUCGAGUAAAUAGAAGUGAUGACGUUUGCUUUUUUGGUAUUGACAAAGCUCGUCUGCGUGUAGACAUAGUAGCUGAGAGAAAGCAAAGAAACAUUCAACAGUUUGAUAAGAGUUACAUAAAAAAGCUUCGGGGAGAAGGCGGAGAAAUGACGUUACUGUUAUUAAAGUUUGCAAACACUGUGCUUCCAGUUGAGGCAAAGGUGGAACUUAAUGUCUUUGAGCGCCUGUUUGUGAGCUUCAAUGACCGAUUCCCCCAUCCGAGAUCGUCCCGAAGCAUAACCACAACAAGUGUAGACGCCUUCUUGGUUGUAUAAUGCUUAAUUUACAAGGUGCUUUAGAGAUUUACGCAUCCUUAUUUUCCCUAAUACGAAGGAACAGCAUAAUAUACGCCACUACUGUAGCAUGGUAGAUACGCCAUACAAAUUAACUUCAAUUAACUAAUGUAUUUCAGUUUGAAUCUAUCACGAUCCUCCAUAAUGCAAGGACUUCCUAGUCACUUACUCUAUCUCGCUCACAAGACAUUGACUUAAUUUUAUGUUCUUUUCUCCAAUGCGAUGCAUGCAAUGCUCAUUUGGUUUAACUUGAUAAGGAUAAAAUGGUUUUCUUGCACAUCAGAUUUCGACUUGAUGUAAAUGUAUUAGCUUUCGGUGUUUUUGCAAGAAAAUCUAUUUCGUCAAAAUGUUUUCGUGGUUUUAUCAUAAAAUGAAUAUUCCUAAAUCCUAGAUAAUUACUCUAAAACUGCACAAGGUUCAUCAAUGUAACCACGGCAAGAUAAGUGUUAGGCAUUGUCUCGUCGACGGGACGCGUACUAGUUGAAACUAAACAGUUUCAUGAAACACACCGGGUGAGCCGUGAUAUCGUGAGAACUCUUCUUUAUUUGACAUAAAAUCCAGUUUCUUCGUCCUGUUGAUAAUUACUCUAUAUAAAUAUCAACAAUAUCAACAAUGCAUGAUAUAGAAACAAAUCAGUUACUGGGUAUGAUGACACAGGCAACCAAUUCAUAUAACAGUAAUCCUUCCAAAUACCAAAUCGCCUCAUUCCAUAUUUAAGAAUCCACACCAACAAACUUCCAAUAAACAUGUAUUAAAUUUCAGUUUGUUGCAAACACAGCGAGAUUACAUGCCUACUGUUCCAUCAGUGAUUCGCCUGAUCCACUUAAGGACACAAUAAUAACUGCCUGAGAAAUAUGACAGCCUUAAGUAGCCCUCCGUCACUGUUUCAAUAUUGCAGAAUGAAGCACGAGGCUUGUAAUCUGGAUUGAAUUGCAUUCGAUCCUAUAAUCGAAACUGUUCGGCUGAUCGGAUUCUGAGAUUCUUCACGGUGGAACUAUCUCAUUUGUUUACUGACUCAAUCAAUGAUCUUCUUCGCAGCGGGUUGAGGGUUUGCUUGCAUCACGUUCCCACAAGCAGGGCAGUUAGAAGAUAGCUCAUUCAGUAAAGGUAACGUGGGCUUACAAGCUUCUAAUCCUAUCGUCCUUCUACCCGAUUCACCACAUAGAAAUUACAGGAACUGCAGCAGUUGUCAUCUGAGACCCUAACUCGUAACCAUUUAACACAGUUCCCAAUUUCUGUCCCAGAUUGUAACACGUAAUGGUCGUUCCCAUAAAUCUGCUGUUGGUCUAAUUAUCAUUUUGCCAUAUUUUUUUCCGACCACUCACACUGUGCAAUUAUGACAUGCAGCGUUGUCACAGUUUUUAAAGAGAACUGAAGGAACAACAUUGUGAAUGGCAGUCACAUCCUCUCCUAAUCCAUGCUGAGCUAUCAAUUAUCUGUUAUGAGAGUUGACGAAUAAAUCCUCCAUUCCUCCUGGCAGCCUGAAAUAAUGACGGAUUAGGUUUCCGUCUCUGGUUUGACCUGAUAUAAUUGUCUCUACAUGUAAAUGGGUGAUAGUCUUUUAGCACUAAGCAGCAGCAGAAUCUGACAAGAAGACAAGUCUGGUUUUUUGGAAGAAAUUGCCAAAUACAUUUGUUUGUCAAAAACAUAUAUGUUAUGAAUGUAUUGCUAAAGGAACGAGUGGCUCAUCUUUAAAUUGUGAUUCUUGAACUACUUAGUAUAUGUGUCUACAUGAAGCACGUGAUGGUAAAUGUAACUGAGCUCAAAACAAACAUAUUCAGUAUUCAAAAUGUAAACAGUUAAGAAUAUAGUUAGCCGUUUUGUUUAUAAAGGCUUGUUUCGAACUUGAUAUUCUAUGGUCUUGUUGUUGAAAGAUGUGUGUGCCUUCUUUAUCUUUGGGUCGGCUGUAGGCCCAUUACGAAAAGGGCCGCAAACGUAUGUUGCUGUUGAAGUCGUGUGGUUUCGCUAUAGUUUCAGUUAAGGUAUAUUUUCGUUAUGGUAUAGCCGAUGUAUCCAGAGUGGUCGAAGAUAUAUCAAUAUGUAUGGGAUGAUUAAUUAAGACAUUUUCUCACUGCUGUUAGACAUUCAGUCAUUAAGUCAAACGGUUACGGGACGAUUUGACCAGAGAGCCUGACAAGCUGCCCAAUGCAUUGAAGUGUACCCCCUUGCAUCAUAAGUGUCAGACAGGUAAAGGUAGUGCAUUUAUUGCAUGUAGGCAUGUUUCAGGCUUCUAGUAUCAGUGCCGCCUAACAUGUUUUCGGUCUGCCCAAGGUGUCCACCACUGAAGGGCGCUUCAAGCUGUGAACCAACUGCUAUUAUUCAUGCUUUGCUACUUGUUUGUAAAUUCCUUUCUUUCUUUACCAUGUCGACAUUCCAAGUUUCGUGGAAACUAGUACGAAAUAUAUUAUGUAAUAAAAGAAAAUGACUAAAACUUAAA